AUGGAGGCGUCUUCUAUAUGCGACUCUAUUUCAGCCACGCCGCACUGCUUUUUGCGGCCGUCACAUGAAUUACACAUCGCAUCGCGACUUGCGGCGAAAAGCUUUCUUGACCCGCUGACGUUCAGUGCCUCGAAGCAACGACGGAAUACCUCGAAAAAGGCCCAAGGAAACUCGGGAGUUUCAAAGAAAAAUUCUCGCCAAGGACAACCGCUGUACAUAGAUGGGUUUUCCGUUGAUCAAAUAUGGGAACAGGCAGUGCGAAUUAUCAGCCAUACAAGCGAUGAAUUGAAUGACAACACUCUUGCAUCUUCGGAGCCUUUGGACAAACCAGAUAGUCGCCCAAGCCAUCAUCCACACGAGUCCAGCAUUUCGGAAGAAGACUCCAGUUUAUCUGGCAACGAAUCCUAUGAAUCGGACUCGGAUGCAGAGCAGAUAUCCGAGGAUGCGGAUGCUGCCGAUGAUCUAUCCAGCAAUGAAGGUUCCAGCGAUAUAGAGAAUGGCUCCUUCCAAGGUAUCGAAGACGGUUCUUCGGUAUCUGAAUAUGGCCAAUCGGAUACCUAUGUUGAAGACAAAUUCAAUUUGAAUGAUGGGUUUUUCUCCAUCGAUGAUUUCAACAAACAAAGCGAGUACCUGGAGAAUCUGGACGCGAAGGGCGCCCCAGAGGAGUUCAGUGAUGAGGAAGAGAUAGAUUGGCAUAUCGCCCCGACAGCUGCGAGCAUGCAGGAUAGUGACAGACCCAACAAGAAGGAGGCCAAGGGGCGUCACGAUGAUGAGAGUAGCUCAGAAAGCGAGGAUGAUGGACCAACAUUUGGCAACGCCGACCUCAUGAAUGACGAUAGCGACGGAGACAUGGAAGGUGCUAAUGAUGAUGCCGGCGACUGGAUCGACACAACUGAAAUAAAAUACGAUGAUUUCUUCGCACCUCCUGCUCGAAAGGCAUCGCGGAAGAAGUCUAGACCACUUCCAAAAACACAGCCAUCUCAGAGUGUGACUAACAAUGAUGACGAGGACGAUGGGGAUGUCGAACGCGCCAUGGCCGACGUUCGACGUGAUAUCUUUGAUGACGUCUCUGAAAAUUCAGAUGUUGAAAUGGAUGAGCAAACUGGUGGAGCACAGCCUGAACGCUCUACUCAUGAGAAGCAAAGAGCCAAGAUUGCAGAUGAGAUUCGCCGUCUGGAGAUGGCAAAUGUUGCAGAGAAGGCGUGGAUGCUGGCAGGUGAAGCCAAGGCUUCGCAGCGGCCAGUCAACUCGCUAAUAGAAAACGACCUCGAUUUUGAGCGCAUCGGUAAACCAGUGCCGGUCGUCACGAACGAGACGUCCGAAGCAAUUGAGCAGUUGAUCAAGCAGCGGAUACUUGCCAAGGAGUUUGAUGAAGUAGUACGGCGUCUGCCAGAUCUAUUACAGCGGAAUUCUGCCAGCCGAGGACGUGUCGAAGUGGACCAGAACAAAUCCCAGCACAGUCUUGCCGAAUUGUACGAGAAGGAACACCUAAAAAUGAACGACCCUGGAUACGUGGACGAAAAGGAUGAGAAACUGAAGCGCCAUCAUGCUGAAAUCGAUCAGUUGUGGAGGAACACAAGCUCCCAGCUUGACGUCCUAUCUAACUGGCACUACAAGCCCAAGAUUGCUCAACCAAGCAUCAACGUUAUCAGCGAUGUUGCGACAGUUGCGAUGGAAGAGGCGCGUCCUAGUGGCGCGGGUUCCUUGGGAGAGCAAGGAACGCUUGCCCCCCAGGAAAUCUACGCUCCAAAUGAGAAGAAUGGGUUUGGAGGGGAGGUUGUGCUACGAAGUGGGCUCUCCAUGGCGAAAGACGAAAUGAGCAGGGAAGACAAAUCAAAGAGAAGACGCAAGCAAAAGGAGCAAUUGAAGAACGCCAAGUCCCUUCCUACGUCGAAAAAGAAGGCAGACGAGGGACAGCAAAUCGUCACUGAUUUGAAAAAGGGCGGCGUCAACAUUGUUGGUGACAAGGGACAGCUACAAAAUCUAGACGGAGAGCAACCGUUGAGAACGGCGGAGACCCAGGCAGGCAGGCUUAAGCUGUGA